AUGGCUUCCUCAAAGGCUCACGAUCUCGAGAUCACAAUAAUCUCCGCUAAACACCUCAAAAACGUCAAUUGGCGAAACGGCGAUCUGAAACCAUACGCUACCUUCUAUCUCGACAACUCGGACCACCGACUCGCAACUCAUGUCGACGACUCACUCUCAACUCGCCCAGUCUGGAACGAACGAUUUACUCUCCCCAUAACUCGCCAGAUCUACGAUUCAGUCCUCACCCUCGAGAUCUUCCACUCCAAGCCAUCGGAAACCCCCAAACCUCUGGUAGGCACCGUGAAAUUCCCACUGAGUCAGCUCAUACACUCGGAAGGGUCGCUGUCCUGCUCAGUCCACACGCUCGAGCUCCUUCGUCCCUCUGGCCGUCGACAGGGUAAAGUCCGGGUGAAACUCGAGGUGAAAGAACGGCCUUUGCCUCCGCCAGUUCAGGAUUACCAUACUACCCCUAAUUAUAAUCAGUAUUACAACCCUGCCCCUUCCCCUCCUCCUCCCCCACCCCCUGCACGUGACUACAGGGAAUGCUCUCCCUCCCCAUACGGCUACACCGAUCAGUACGGCUACUACCCUGCCUAUUAUCCUCCACAACCACCCCUACCAUCUCGACCCCUCUACAAUCGAGCAUCCAAUUACAGCUUGCCAGGUGGGCCUUCUGCUCCCGUUGAUCUAUCUUCCCAAUCAUCACCUUCGCCCUACGAUCACAAGCCCCCACCUUCGGGAUUGUUGCAAAAGACGUCCAAUUAUGGCGUUCCAAGUGGACCGUCGGCUCCCGUCGAUUAUUCAUAUGCAAAAGGUACUGGGCCCGAGAUUAGUGGGUCAAUGGGAGGGUUAAGUUUGGAAGAAGGGAGUAACUAUGAGAAAGAGAAAGUUGCUGCUGCUGAUAAGGAUAGUCACAGCUACCAUGAGUAUCGUCGCGAGUACUGA